AAGACGUGUCACGACGGCCUGACUCUUGCAACUUGAAACUGGUACUCGAGAUAUCCAAGGUAUUAACAAUCCAUACCACAGAAACCAUGGAUCCAGCAGACAUUCCACUGCCAGCGUUUCUAGACCCCCUUCUUGGUUUCCUCGCCGACCAGCUUCCCCCACCUCUGUAUUCAUUUCUGCUCUCAUUUCUCGCGCACUCACUUGCGCUAUUUACGGCGCUUCUUUCGUUGAUCUCAUCCUUAAUUGCCUCUAAACCAUGGCAAUGGGAUGCACAAACCAUCAUUCCCCCUCUCAUCAGCUUCCUCGCCGCAUAUCUCGCACUAGUCAGCCUAUAUAGGACCACCAGUUGGAUGAUUAGAACCAGUAUCUGGUUCAUCAAGUGGGGAACCAUUUUAGGAGCGCUUGCUGCAGGUCUAGGGUGGUACAUGGGACAGAGCGCGGGCGGGAACACAAGCAUCAUCUCCAGCUUAGGCGGAUUCAUCUGGGAUGUGCUGAAUGAGCCUGCCCAGUCCACUCCUGGUAAUCAGCGUUCAUCGCGGUCACCCAAGACGCGUACGCAACACAAGUCAAAUGACCGUCCCAAAUCGGAACGCGACGGGAACCAGGAGGGGAAUGACGCUCAAAAUAUCAUGUCAAACAUCGCUAAGGCUGCCAAUCGCUUACUAGCGGAAGGUGGCUGGUGGGACGUAGCUAGAGGGAUUUUUGACGGGCCGAGCUCCGAGAAUAAAGCCACUAACAGUGACAACGACAGGACGAAGAAGAGUCAGAGUCGAUGAUACCUUUUUCGAGCGUAGUCACACUUAUAUAUCAGCGUAUAUGAUUCCAAUAAGAACGAUUCAUCGAGCUUUGACCAAGUGACAUUGCA